AAAGGGCGGGAUAUUGUUUGUGCGGCUAUUUCGGCCAUUACUAACGGCACUAUUAAUUUUCUUGCCACUUAUUAUCCGCAAGACUGCCAAAUUUCUUGUCAAGACACCGCAAUAACUAUUCACUCAAUUACUCCCAAUCCUGAUUGUCAAUUAUGCUUGCGUUUACUACUCUAUCAGUUACAAAAUGUUGCUAAUCAUUAUCCCCGUUAUGUGGAAAUUAAGGAGUUGGUCGGAGAGGGAAAUUAG